CCGUUUCUUUCGGCGCGAGGACUUUUCCCCGUCGCACGCUGCGCGUCGCCUUCCUCCAUUCCGCCGCCGCCGCUCACCACUCCGUCCCAGCGCCGCCACUCACCACUCCGUCCCAGCGCCACUGCUCGUCUCGCUCCUUCCCGGUGCUGCACCAUACACUAGAUUGAGAGCCUGCUCACCUGAAUCGACCUCUUCUGAAGCGAAAUCGAUCUUCUUGUGCUUGCGCUUAUUUCUCUCUACGUCUCUCGGCGGGUAGCGGAAGAGAACCAACUCCUCGCCGUCAGGGCUGGGGCUCAAUCCCCCUAGGCCUUGGCUGCAGCCAGCGCUCGUCGGAUCAGGUGUCCAGGACACAUCCCGCUCGUCGAUUUUGCACCUGAAAGUGCAGGCACGAAGAUGUACAGGGAGGCCACGCUCGCCGGAUUGCUUGACGCAGCAGAGGAAUCAGACCUCCAUCAAUCGCCAGGGACCCAGCGCCCCUGAUCUCCCUCCCAAGCAGUACGAGGACAGAUCUUGUUUCUUUGCUUGGUCGACGUGCUGAGCUAGAGUCAACUGCACAUGAAGAAAAAAGAUAGCAGACUGGAAUUGCAGGUGGGCUCGCGGAGGAGCAAGAGAGAAAAAUAGAUAUAUGGACUUCAUAUGAGCUGCUUUGGAUGUGGUGCCGUCCAGUUACAAAAUAUGAGUAAUGAGAUAUUGGUAAUCUGCUGAAGGAGAUGAACAAAAACAUCAAUACCAAUAUUAAGAUAUCACCUCAUAUAGAUGUUUAGGAGAUGUGUUUUUGGCAGUCUGCUGGAGAUGUUCUAAUAAACCAUUUUGAUAUAUCAUGUAUGGUAACUUUAAGGCCUUGUUUGGUUUGAGCCCUAGCACAUGUAGCACAAAUUUUGAUAAAUAAUUAGAGGUACUUUGUGAGACAAAUCUAAUGAGAUCUUUGACCGCACGAUUAGAGGUUAGUUACUGUAGCAUUACUGUAGCAAAUCAUCGAUUACUUACUAUUAUUAGAUUCAUCACAAAAAAUGACACAUAUUUAUGAAAAAAUUUUAUGAAAAAAUUUUAUUAGUACUCCAUACAUAUAAAAUUCUCCUAUUGCGCGAGUUGCACUACAAGGAACCAAACAAACAGAGCCUAACGACCAAGAAGGGAAGGACGCGGUCACGCGGACCCUGGACCUUUUUUUUAUAUGGCCGUGGACCCUGGACUCGAAUCUCCCUUGGGCCGGCAAGCCCGGCAGAAACACCCGACCGACCCGCACGGAAAGAAGACGGAAAACCUCGCCCCGCAUAGCACCCCAACCCGACCUCGCCGGCGGCGAGCGUGUGCCCAUGGCGGACGGCGGCGAUAUGGACGAGGAGGCGAUGCGGGCCUUCUUCCCGCUCUCCUUUGGCAAGAUCACCGCGCGCCCCAGCUCCGCGGUCUCCUCCGCCCACUCCUCCACCCUCCGCAAGCCCCAAAACCCUAGUAAUCCCAACCCCUCCACCUCCGCCGCCGCUGACGACGACGGAGGCGCCAUGAUUGGUCCCCCUCGGCCGCCGCCGGCGGCGCCCGCGGGGGACGACGACGACGAGGAAGAGGGCGGCGGCAUGAUCGGGCCGCCUCGGCCCCCACCGCUCUCCACUCACGGCGAGGGGGAGGAUGACGAGGGCGGCGGCAUGAUUGGGCCGCCUAGGCCGCCGCCAGCGGAGGAGGACGAAGAGGAGGAGGAGGAGGAGGACGAUAUGGAGGACGACGGCGAUGGCGGGUUCAAUAGGAUCCCUCUCAGCAACGAAAUUGUUCUGCGGGGGCACACCAAGGUUGUCUCAGCCCUUGCUGUUGACCAUACAGGAUCCAGAGUGCUCUCUGGUAGCUAUGAUUAUACAGUGCGCAUGUACGAUUUCCAGGGUAUGAAUUCAAAGCUGCAAUCAUUCAGACAAUUGGAACCCUUUGAGGGCCAUCAAGUUCGUAGCCUAAGUUGGAGUCCAACGUCCGAUCGGUUCUUAUGUGUUACUGGUUCUGCUCAGGCCAAGAUUUAUGACCGUGAUGGCCUCACGCUUGGCGAGUUUGUUAAGGGUGAUAUGUAUAUUCGUGAUCUAAAGAAUACAAAGGGACACAUUUCUGGGCUGACAGGUGGGGAGUGGAAUCCAAAGUCAAAAGAGACUAUUUUGACCUCAUCUGAAGAUGGUUCGAUACGUCUCUGGGAUGUGUCAGACUUUAAAAGUCAAAAGCAGGUCAUCAAGCCAAAGCUAGUAAGACCAAUGCGGAUCCCUGUUACAUCAUGUGCAUGGGACCAUGAAGGAAAACGAAUUGUGGGUGGCAUAGGAGAUGGUUCGAUACAGCUCUGGACUGUAAAAACUGGAUGGGGUAGCAGACCAGAUAUCCAUGUUGAGAAAACACAUACAGAGGAUAUUACUGGAGUUAAGUUUUCAACAGAUGGACAAAUUCUUCUGUCAAGAAGUAUGGAUAGUACUCUGAAGAUAUGGGAUCUGAGAAGAAUGAAAACUCCUUUGAAAGUGUUUGAAGAUUUGCCAAAUCACUAUGCUGAGACAAAUGCAGCUUUUAGCCCAGAUGAGCAACUUAUUUUUACAGGAACCUCUAUUGAAAAGGAUGGUGACAAUGGGGGACUACUCUGUUUCUUUGAUAGAAAGAAACUUGAGCUUGUAUCAAGGGUGGGGAUUUCACCACAUUACAGUGUGAUAAGGUGCCUAUGGCAUCCAAGGAUCAACCAGGUGUUUGCUACAGUUGGGGACAAGAAAGAAGGCGGGACUCAUAUCCUUUAUGAUCCUUCUAUUAGUCAGAGGGGAGCUCUCGUAUGUGUUGGACGAGCACCAAGGAAAAAGUCUGUCGAUGACUUUGAGGUGCAACCUGUCAUACACAAUCCACAUGCAUUGCCACUUUUCAGAGAUCAACCAAGUCGUAAACGUCAAAGAGAGAAGAUACUGAAGGACCCGCUCAAAUCACACAAACCAGAAGCACCUGUUAAUGGCCCGGGUUAUGGUGGAAGAGUUGGUACUUCAAAAGGCAGCUUACUGACACAGUACCUCUUGAAGGAAGGUGGUUUAAUUAAGGAUACCUGGAUGGAUGAAGAUCCAAGAGAAGCAAUUUUGAAGUAUGCUGAUGCUGCAGAGAAAGAUCCAAAGUUUAUUGCGCCAGCUUAUUCUCAAACCCAGCCAAAACCUGUCUUUGCAGAGUCUGAUUCAGACAAUGAAGAGAAAUAACCAUGUGUCUGGUUACCUAAGCUAGCAUACAACCUGUAUUCGAUUUUCUGACAGCUGUCAACUUAUUGCACAAGUCCUGUAACCUGUUUCUUAACAGUGGAGAAACAAAAGAGAGUAUGUAUAUGGAUCUUGAAGACAAAAGGUACCACAAGACUUUUCAGUACCAUGUUUAUUUUUCUUUUUUUCGGAAUGGAUAUAGGGCUCUGUCAACUCAUUGAAAAAUGGAUAGGAUUUAGUUAGUACAACAACUCAGCAUUAUACCUUCUUUGGUUUAUUGGAUGUUGUACUCAAUGUACGCACUUGGUAAGAAGAGGGGCAAAUUUAUUAUAUUGGACUUACAUGUAACAUUUAAUGCACUGAUUAUAGCCUACCUUGUUUGCUUGGGAGAAUAAGGCGUUGUUAGUUCUGUUAUCGUACAUCUGUUUGAUAUUCAUUUUGGGUUUUGCUGGAAGAUAUUCCAAGGACUAUGAAAGCUAUUAUUUAUUUUUUUAUAUACUUAAACUUCACUAUUCAAACCACCCUUGAAACAGUGGAUCAUCAUCUUGUUACUAAGGCACAAUAAGCUAGUAGACCUGGAUAUAUCAACUUGUUGAAGAUCUUGAUAAUAUGAUCCUGACUUGGGUUUCUCCAUCAGUAUAUCAUUGUUAAAUCACAUUUGUUUUAUUUACUAAACUCAUUUGCAUCAAUGCAUCUUUAUGGUCGAUAAGUCAAUAGGGUAUAGCAAUAUUCAGUUACUAGUCGCAAGAUCAUGUGAGAGCAGAAACCCUGUUUAUCUUCAUGAUUUGUAGAACAUCUUCGAUGAUGUACAUUGUCAGUUUGCAGAAUUAACUGUUGUGUGAGAGAGAUUAUCUGUUUCUCUUUGCAAUAUCUGAUGGAAGAGUUGUUGCAAGAGAACAAGGAGUACAAGGUGGCAUAGGCAUCCGUUGAGUUCCCUGGCAACUGAAGCAUAUCUCAGCACCUUCAUGUUGUGGCAUUAGCCAUUAUGUGGUCCCUGCAAUGCAUUUUGCCCACGCUCUACCCAUGCACUCUUAAUCACAGAUACUGUCUGUAUUUGGUUAGCAUUACCCAAAUGUAACUAUCGUGUGGGAUGUAGCCGAUGUUCGGCCAGCUUCCAUUUUUCAGAUGUUGUAUCAGUAUGCAGCCAAUGUUCGGCCAACUUCCAUUUUCCA